UGAUCACAUGUAAACAGGGAAAUGCAGGUUAUCGGCAUUUCUCUCCCUCACGAGCUGUCACGCUGACAGCUCAGGGGACAUGUACACAGAUCAUCAGAGCACUGAUGAUCAGUGUGCCCUGAUGAUCUGUGUAGCCCCAGCAGUGCCACCUGUCAGUGUCCAUCAGUGCCACCUGCCAGUGCCCAUCAGUGCCACAUUUCAGUGCCCAUCAGUGCCACAUCAAUGCCACAUAUCAGUGCCCAUCUGAGCUGCCUUUCAAUGUCACCCAUCAGUGCCACCUAUCAAUGCCAGUCAGUGCCACCUAUCAGUGCUGCCAAUCAGUGCCACC